AUGCUGUUGGCUAAUUUCGCCUCAAAAUUCAGCAAAAAUGGGCUCAAACAGACACGAAAUUUGGCGUCUUUGCGAGAAAUCGCCGGCGAGCAGGACGCGAGCCUUCUUUAUGAGCCAAAAUUUGUCGACACACGAGAGUUUCCCGAAUAUAAUACGAUAAAUGUUCGAUUGCAAGGAUAUGAUUUCAAAAUUUUGGAAAAAUUCCAAUCGUACGUCCACAAAACGGCGAAACGAUUCGAUUUUAAGAUUGUUGACAGCUACGCAGUUGCCGCGCAAACCCAUCGAGCUGUUACUUAUAAGCCGCAUUCGACAGUGGCUGAAGGAGAAAUCGAUUUGGCGAUUUAUGAUCGAGUUGUGCGACUUGACGCCGUCGCUGCUCCACGACUCUCACUCUUCACGCAAAUUUUGCAAGCGCAUAUUCCGGUUGGAGUCACGAUAACCGUGAAGGAGCAUGAGAAGGCCGAUGAAGACUACCGCUACAUUCCAGAUUUGCUGCUGAAAGAGAAGCAGGAGGAGCUGAAAGCGCUCGACGAUCCGAAUGUUCGCCGAAAUCUCGGAUGGGAAUAA